AUGUCUAAGGGACAAGUAGUAGCUCAUUACAACUACCUGAGCAUGAUGCGCGUCGAUCAGGCCGAUCUACCUAGUGACGGAUUGCCCAAAUGGUACAAUGGGUACAUGAACCACGAAUUCAGUCACGAGAGCCAUAAAGGACACGACAUGCCUAUUACAAUGACAGUGGACUUGAAUAAUCAAAUACGGAUGGGCGUCUUGAUAAACGCUACUUGGCGUCCUAGAUGGACGACUCCAUUGAAAACCUUGGCCCAGUAUUGUGCCUUUCCCAAUCCCAGAGACAUGACGGCGUACAUCGAUAUCAUCAUUCCAGAUAUCGUCCAUGAGGCUGCUCUUAUCGCUUCCAAUCCGCCAUCUGUCUCCGAUGACAUCCUGCGGGACAACUGGCCCCGUUCACUAAAUACUAGUAACGGUGACGCGGCUGAUCCAGAGUUCCACAACUUUAUCGAAACGAAAAAGUUCUACGACGAAGACACGGACUUCAGUAACGAAUUCGUCAGACCGCCGCCAACUCAAGUACUUCAGGCGUACUAUGAGGAUGAAAGAGUCCAUGAUUUCGUCGACCAAAUUAUCGAGCUUUGUCCCCAGCCAACCUUCCUACCUAUUCGGAAUGAUCAUGUAUCAGAGAGGAAGGAUCACUUGUGGGCUCCAAAACGCCUACAUCCCGAGGCAUUUGUGCUCGCUGCAGCCGCCCAGAUCUUGCUAUUCGCUCCCCAAGAUUGGAACCCGGACCGUGACUACUCGCGCGACAAGUACACACAUCGAUUUCCGACUCCUGAUAACCUCGACAUUGGUGGUGGCACAGACAAAGUAGUUAGUAACAAGUACUCGAUGGAAGAUCUCCACCGUGCCAUUUUGAUGUUCUACCGCCUGGUCGACCGUCGAAGUCAAAAGGAUUGGCUUACCAAGAGGGUACUUAUAAACACAAAAUCCGAGUUCCCAGGAUACCACGAUCCCAAAAAAAACCCAAGAGUGACUGAGAUGGAUUGA